UUUUAGAGAGAGAGAGAGAGGCAACAGGCUGCUAUCAGCAAGCUUCUUGGUAUUGAUUUUUUUGAGGGCGAUCUGAGCGCAAAAGUUUUAACAGUCAAUCGAUCGAGAUAUCUCUUCGAUCUACGCGCAUUUCCAUGCGAUCACGUGGAAUGAUAAAAGGCGGGAAGAAACGUCAGUGAACGUCACAUAGAGUUACAUGUAUAUUGAGAUGUAUAGAAAUGCGAAUUUUUUUGUUUAAUCAAUUUGUAUAUACUGUAGAUUUUUGUUGAAUUAGCACGAUGGCUGAUGAGUUUCCGGAUCCGGAUGAGGAAUUUGAUAUUAUUUAUCAAGCGGAUUAUGAAGCUUUGAGGGAACUAGAAGCUGAAUCUAGCGAGAUAAGACCAUUGUCACAACCUGGUACUACAUAUCAGGCAGCAAACAAAAAUAAGUGUCAAACAGAAACCUCCUCUGCUAUUACUUGUAACAAAGUUACCAACAACAGUGUACUUAAUACAAAACAUACCAAUGAAGAAGUACAUGAUAAUAUAGUCAACAAUAGUAGUAAAAAAUGGAAUCAUAAAGCAGUAUUCAGUGACAGUACACCUAGCUGCAGUAAAACACAAAGUUCUGAAAGAUUGUAUGUUGACAGUAUACCCAGUACUAGCAAAGGACAGACUCAUGAAGCUUUAUUUGGUGACAGUACACCUAGCUGCAGUAAAACACAAAGUUCUGAAAGAUCGUAUGUUGACAGUAUACCCAGUACUAGCAAAGGACAGACUUAUGAAGCUUUAUUUGGUGACAGUACACCUAGCUACAGUAAAACAUCAAGUUCUCAAAACUUAUCUGGUGACAGUACGUCGGAUACUAAGAAAAAGCGAAGUUAUCAAGAAUUGCUUGCUGACAUCUCUGCCAUUUUAGAUAAAAAUAUCUCAGACAAUGUUGAUAUUGUGGAAGAACCAAAAGAAAAGAAACUUCGAUGGAGUCAACCAAAAGACAUAAUUGAAACGAUAGUGAAUGCAAGACAGUUACAAUUACAAUUAAGUGAACAUAAUGGUCCUGGUACACUAAAAACAAAUUAUAACCAAAACAAGAAAAAUUCCAUCUCUCUGCGAGUUCCACCGUGGAAUUUUGUAGCAGUUACGAGAUCGUAUGAUUCUCAACGUUUAUACAUCAGAGUCAGAAAUCUAAAAAACAAUGUGAAAGAGUCUACUAAAAAGCCAAUUGCCAAUCUACUUUCUGUGCCUUAUAGACAGCUAAAAGCUCAAGCUGAGGAAAUUAUGACAAGAAAAAACACGUUGUUGGAACAGCCAGCGUCAAAUGUAAGUGAUAAAGUUAAUGAUGAGUUGUGGGUUGAUAAAUAUCGACCUCAGUCGUACUUGGAACUGCUCUCGGACGAAACGGUUAACAGACAACUCCUGCAUUGGCUCAAGCUUUGGGAUAAAAUAGUAUUUAAUCGAACUGUCGUACAACCAAAGAGAAAACAGCAAUCUGUAUUCGGCAAAAAGAAAAAUAUCGAUGACGAAACGGACAUCGAAGAAGUGGACGGUAAAGGAUAUCCGAUAAAAAGGAUAGUGUUGCUUAGUGGACCUCCUGGAUUGGGGAAAACCACUCUGGCACAUAUAGCAGCCAAACAUGCCGGCUACAAUGUUGUAGAGAUCAACGCGAGUGACGAAAGAACUCCAGAUGCGUUUAGAAACAUUCUGCUUGCAUCCACAGAAAUGAAAUCUGUAAUGGGCGCUGAUCCCCGACCGAAUUGUUUGAUCUUUGACGAGAUUGAUGGCGCGCCGGCCGCAUCCAUCGAGCUUCUGUUGAAAUUCGUACACGGCAAACUGAUGCCGAAGAAUAAAAAGGGAAAAAAACAAACGGAAAAAACAUCGGACGGUUGCGCGCGUCCUAUUGUAUGCAUUUGUAACGAACCGUAUGCUCCAACGUUAAGAACGUUACGAGCAACCGCUGUAAUAAUUCCAGUACCGGAAGUGAGUCCUCUAAGAUUAGCCGAACGUUUGAUGGAUAUAGCGAGAAAAGAGAAGUUGAACGUGGAUUUCAACGAUCUUGUAAAAAUUGCGGAGAGAUCCGGCUGCGAUGUACGGGCGUGCGUGGGCGCGUUACAGUACAUGGGCAGCACCAAUUUAAAGGACAAUGUGUCUCUAGGUCUGAAGGACACUCGCAAGAAUUUGUUUGACCUGUGGAAAAAUAUCUUGACAGUUCCUGUGAACGCGGCAGGAGUCGUUGCUGUUCCCGAAAGAAUUCAAAAUAUUCUGAAAACAGUUCAAAAUGGUGAAACGGAGAAAUUGGUGCAAGGAAUAUUUCAUAAUUAUCCGGAAAUUUGCGACCGAAAGAUCGACAGUGUAUCUACAUCUCUGGAUUGGUUUCAAUUUUACGAUUUAAUAAUGUCGCUUGUCAUGCGCAAGCAAGUCUGGUUGCUCAUGCCUUACACGAAUUAUGGAUUUGUCGCGUGGCAUCUGCACCUUGCACGAACGCAAAAAGUGAAAUUGUCCUAUCCUAGUGUUAUCAACGAAGUAACGCAGAAAGCAGCAAAAAACGAAGGUAUUAUAACAGCAGUGCGAAAAGUGUGCGGACGUGAUGCCUUUACCUUAACGACGGAUAUCAUUUGUUUUCUACCGGAUCUCCUGUCGCCCAAAUUGCGUACAGUUCCAUCUCAUUUGUAUUUACCGAAAGAGAAGGCUGAUCUCGCCAGAAUAGUGAAUGUGAUGGUCGAGUUUGGACUGUCGUUCGUACAAGAGAAGAAUUCUCAAGGAGGAUACGUCUAUAAUUUAGAUCCUAAUAUUGUUGAAGUUGGUGUUCUUCCCGACUGCAACGCGCAUCGAAAUCUCCCGUACGCGGUACAGCAAAUAAUCGCGCAGGAGUUAGAGGUCGAACGUUUAAAGCGUGCGAGCAUGUUAACGGGACUCGGUAUUUCUUUAAACACUAAUUCAGAGAAGUCAUCCAAAGCCGCGGAAAACAAUAAAAGUAAUAAAUCUCCCAACGCAAAUAACGAAACGUCUGAGAAACAGCAAACGUCUGACAAACAAUCUGGCAAAAGCAAAUCGGGAAAAAAUUCUUCGUUGAAAGAAGCAAUAUACAAGGACUUCUUCGGAAAUGUAAUUACAAAACAAAGGGAAAAUGUUCAAAAUCGUAUUUCUCCAAAAUCACAAAGAAAUUCGAUAAUUCAGAAUAUUUUGACAAAACACGGAGUAUGGUACAAAUAUAAAGAAGGUUGCAACAAUGCUGUUCGCCGAAAAGUGUUUAUGGAAAAGCUCAUGUAAAGCGAUUUAUUUUUAUUAUAAUUCAUCUGUAUUGAUAUUA